AUGGAUCAUUCCAUCAUGAAGCUCCUUGAAGAGGAUGAGGAUGAAACUAUGCAUUCUGGGGCAGAUGUUGAGGCAUUCACAGCUGCCCUAAAUAGGGACAUUGAAGGCAACACAUCCACAUCUCAGCCCUUUGGUUCUGAUAGUGCUUUAUCUCAAAUAAACAAUCAUACUUCAAGUCAGUUGCUUUCACAGUGGCAAACUUCCAGCCAUAGUGAAAAUUCAAAUAGUCAAAGUCAACAAAAAUUGAAGGAUUUACAGCAACAAGAGCAACAUUCAUCUGAAAUGGAGCUGCAGCAACAUGGCUUUGACUCUGAUAAUCAGCAUCAAAUUGACCCCUCGCCGGAGCUGAAUGGCCUCCCUUCACAGCAUAAACAAUCGCAAGAUGAUUGUCAACUGCCGCAAAUCGAACAGAACACAGUUCAUAUUUCUCAAGCAAUGGGUAUGCAGAAUUCUGAAAAGAACCUUGUCCACGUCCAAGAGCCAGACAGUGUGCACAAUCUAGAUAACGAAUCUCAAUUCCUGACAUCACAAAAGAUGAGUAAUCAACACGCGAUGUCAACAGGAAUGAGUAAUCAACAGACGAUGUCCACAGGAAUGAGUAGUCCACAGGCGAUGUCCACAGGAAUGAGUAAUCUACAGGCGAUGACAACAGGAAUGACUAAUCAACAGACUAUGGCAACCGGUCAAGCAAUUAAUGCAAUGAAUCGUGGCAAACAAGUACCAUUUGCCCUGUUGCUUCCAGUCAUAACGCCUCAACUUGAUAAAGAUAGAGCCAUGCAACUUCAGACUCUUUAUCAAAAACUAAAAGAAAAUGAAAUCUCCAAAGAAGGAUUUGUCCGGCUCAUGAGAAGUAUUGUAGGCGAUCAGAUGCUUAAGAUGGCAGUAUAUAAGUUGCACUCACAGGGUGCUCGAAACCCACAGACUGGACCCAAUCAAUUUCCACUGCAGUCUCAGGCUUCAUUGCAGCAACAAAAUCUACAAAUCCCAUCUCUUGGUGCCAAGCAGUACUCUGAAUCCCAAUCAUUCACACAACUUCAGCAGAAGGGUCCCAGCUCUACCACAGAUUCUUCUAAUGUUUCCUCUUCAGCAGCACAAGUGACAAUGGAUAGUAAUUCACAAAAAUCACGAGGGGUAGAACAUCAAUCGGAUGUGCAUGGAAUGCGAGUAGGCCAAAUUUCUUCUUCCAUGGGUGCUGUAAAUCAAGAGAGGGAGAGGCCCAAUUUCCCAGUACAGGGACUUAGUAAGCCACAGCAACAGCAAUUCACACAGGCAUCUUUUCCAUCGUAUGGUAGUGCGGGUGGCAAUUAUCACUCUUAUCCUGCAACAAAUGUUAAUACUUCAGCAACGUCUCUCAAACAGCAAUCUCAUGAUUCACAAAUGAGGCAAGUUUCACUACAUCAAACCAUGGGUGCAACUCAAUUAGGAACAACUCGAGCCAUGAAUAUGAUGAGUGUGCCUAAAUUUGAAAGGCAGAAUUGUUUUAGUGAACCAAAGAGAAUGCAGGGUGGGAAUCUUACGCACUUCACAAAUGAUUCAACGUUGCCACAGAAUUCAGUUCAUUGGCAAUCAUCAACCUCUAAAGAACCAAAAAGUGGUGCUUUAUCAUCGAUGACUUUUGUCAAACAGGAACCAGCUGAUCAGUCAAAUGACCAACCUCACAAAUCACAAUUGUCUGCCCUGCAGGGGUUAUCUUCUUUCUCUCCUUUACAGGUUGAAGAAGGAAAUGCUGUUCCAGGAACUUUCAAGGAUGAAUCUUUUGAUGUGCAAUCAUCCAGAAUGGGUUUCUCAACUUCAACAAGCAUGCUACCCUCAAGUUCGGUGUCAUCUUCCAUGCCAAUCCAGAUGGAUCCUAAUAUCUCGUUAAGCUCUCGGAUACCACCUGUAACUUCUUCAGUUGGGCCUGGGAGUAAUGCAAAGACUCCAUUGAAAAAGCCCUCAGUUGGCCAGAAGAAACCCCUGGAAGCACUUGGUUCUUCUGCACCUCUGCCAAGUAAGAAGCAAAAAGUAUCUGGGGCCUUUUCGGAUCAAAGCAUCGAACAACUUAAUGAUGUCACUGCUGUCAGUGGAGUUAAUCUCAGGGAAGAGGAAGAGCAACUAUUUUCCGGGCCCAAGGAAGACAGCCGAGUUUCAGAAGCAUCACGAAGAGUGGUGCAAGAAGAAGAAGAAAGACUGAUUUUGCAAAAAAUUCCACUUCAGAAAAAAGUGGCAGAAAUCAUGGCAAAAUGCGGUUUGAAGAGUCUAAGUAAUGAUGUGGAACGAUGCUUGUCAUUGUGCGUAGAGGAAAGAAUGCGUGGGCUGAUAAGCAACUUGAUCAGACUCUCAAAACAGCGGGUGGAUUUUGAGAGACCAAGACACAGAACUAUUAUCACCUCGGAUGUUCGGCAUCAAAUAAUGCUAAUGAACCGCAAAGCCCGGGAGGAAUGGGAGAAGAAACAGGCUGAAGCCGAAAAGCUCCAAAGACUGAAUGAAGCAUGUACCUCUUGCAUUCAUUUAGAGGCUAAAUUUUAA